AUGGAACUCAAUAUCAAUCAAAGUGUAUCCGAUGCUUUUUACCGGUACAAGAUGCCCGUCCUCGCGGCUAAAGUCGAAGGAAAGGGGAAUGGUAUCAAAACGGUGAUUGUCAACGUAACGGAGAUUGCCAAGUGUCUUUACCGGAAACCGAUAUAUGUAACUAAAUAUUUUGGCUGCGAAUUGGGCACUCAAAUUCAUGUUGAUGAGAAAAACGACCGAUAUAUUGUCAACGGUGCUCAUGACGCAAGUCGUCUUCAAGAACAUCUGUUUGGUUUCAUAAAAAAAUUUGUUUUGUGUUCAAACUGUGGUAAUCCGGAAACAACGCUUCACGUUAAGCCUAAAGCUGCUAUUGUCACUACGACUUGUGCUGCUUGUGGUCAUCGCGAUCAGCUCGAUCCUCGUCACCGUUUGACACAAUUCAUUAUCAAAAAUCCACCUGAAGAUAGUGGAACAACAUCUGACAAAAAAGGCAAAAAGUCGGCUGCUAAGAAUGGUGGCAAUGGCCAAGCAAAUGGCGAUGCAGACGAGCAAAAUGGCACUGGUGAUAGUCAAAGUCCGUCCGAUGAUGAUGAUGUAGACUGGGGUGAAGAUACAACUGAGGAGGCACAGAAGCAACGCUAUGCUGAACUAUCUGAUAUGGUUAAGUAUCUGACUGUCAGCGCAGAUGUUGAUAAGCCAGAUAGCGAAAGAGCAGACAUCUUCUUCAAACUUAUAUCGGGUUAUAAACAAAAUAACGAUGUUUCGAAGCGAGGAACUGAAUUGAGGAACGAGGCGUUACGUUUAAAUUUGGGCACCAGAGCAGUUUUAAUUGUUGGGGAGGUCCUGUUGUCUGAUCCAAAAACCGUCAUCGAGGACAUCAAAAAGUAUAAGCCAGUUUUAAUACAGUUUACCCGUUACGGUGAAGAAAAACCGAAGGCUCAAGGAUAUAUGCUCGGUGUUGUGGCAAGUCUGGUUGAGAAGCAUGAAAAGGUUUUGUUUCCAAAGGCAGCUCACAUUAUCCAUGCACUUUAUGAUCAUGAUAUUGUUGAGGAGGAAACUAUCUUCACUUGGUUUGACAAAAAUCUGGCGAAAAGGUACGUUUCCAAGCCAAUGGUUCCCAGGUUUAACAAGGCGUGCGAGCCCUUUUUGACUUGGCUCAAGACUGCCGAGGAAGAAUCUGAUGAGGGUGAAAGUGAGGAUAAAGAAGAGAAUGGUAACGAUCCCCAAGUCCCCUCUAAUCCAGUCUCUGCUUCUCCAAAUGGUCAGGAUGAUCAGGAAGAGAGUGAUGAUGAACUGGAUAUUGAUGCGAUAUAA